UUAUAACCCGACGUUUCUGUUCGGAGGACAACCAACCGUCCUGUCCUCUAUGGAAAUAUGCCAAAUCCCCGUCUGCUCGAAAAAAUUUCAGAACCCUAUCUAGGGUUUUAUAUCGAUGACACCCCGGGAUUCUUCAGAGUCGUCCUUUAAUUAUCUACCAGCUUUUCUUUAAAUUCUUCGGUUGCUUUCCUCUACUGCAAACGGCAGAGAUCUUUUCUUUUUUUUUUUUUAGUUCGGAUCCGAUGAAAACGACAAUUCUGCUGCUUGUUUUCCUUGUCUCUAUUUCUUCGAAUCUCAUUCACGGCAUAUCUGAUUCACAACCAGAUGAAACGAAGAAAAAUAAGUUUCGGGAGCGAGAUGCAAGCGAUGAUGCCCUCGGAUAUCCUGUCAUAGACGAGGAUGCUUUGUUGAACACACAAUGCCCCCGUAAGUUGGAACUAAGAUGGCAGACGGAAGUCAGCUCUAGCAUAUUCGCGACCCCUUUGAUUGCCGAUAUCAACAGUGAUGGGAAGCUUGACAUAGUGGUGCCGUCUUUUGUUCACUACUUGGAAGUGCUAGAGGGUUCUGAUGGAGAUAAAAUGCCAGGGUGGCCUGUCUUUCAUGAGUCAACCGUUCAUUCCACUCCUCUCCUAUUUGAUAUUGAUAAGGAUGGUGUAAGAGAAAUUGCUUUGGCUACCUUCAAUGGUGAAGUGCUUUUUUUCAGAGUCUCAGGCUACUUGAUGACUGAAAAGCUGGAGGUACCUCGGCGGAAGGUUCGUAAAGACUGGUAUGUGGGCUUACAUCCAGACCCAGUGGACAGAUCCCAUCCAGAUGUUGAUGAUAAAUUGCUUGUUCAUGAGGCCACUGACAUGAAAUUAUCGUCUCAAACUAAUGGAGGUACACCUGGAUCAAACACCACUUUGACCAUGCAAGAUAAGCAGGGAUUCUCAGUGAAUAUGUCUCACCCAGAGAAUGAAGAGAAGCUAAAUUCUACUCAGACAAAAAUAGACAUUAAACUGCCAACUGGUAAUUCAUCUAGAGAUGCUGAAUCAAAAGGCACCAUGAAACCAGAGAAUGUGACAGUUUCAAGGAGGCUUCUUCAAGAUACUGACUCAAAGGGACAUGAGAGUGGUUCUGAAUCAAAAACUUCUGAUGGGGAUGUGAAGGGUGCAACUGUUGAAAAUGAUGCCGCUUUGGAAGCAGAUGCUGAUUCAUCUUUUGAGUUAUUCCGUGAUAAUGAUGAGCUAGCUGAUGAGUACAACUAUGACUAUGAUGAUUAUGUUGAUGAUUCCAUGUGGGGAGAUGAGGAGUGGACUGAACAGCACCACGAGAAAAUGGAGGAUUAUGUGGAUAUUGACUCACACAUCCUAUGCACUCCAGUUGUAGCAGAUAUUGACAAUGAUGGGAUAUCUGAGAUGGUUGUUGCUGUAUCAUACUUCUUUGAUCACGAGUAAGUUAUCUUCUUUCAUGCUAGAUCUCCACUCUCUCCUAUUUUAUUCAUUCAUUCUCUCUCUCCCCUCUAUACU